AGUUCCAUUUUUGGUUAAAAAUCUUCCGUGGAACAUAUAAAAUAGGGGGAGAAGAAAUAGGCGACCUCGUUUUGCGAUUGCUGUUCUUCCUUUCGCGUUUUUGUUCUUCUUCUUCUUCUUUCUUCUGUUUGUUUUCCGUUUGUUUGGUUUGGGUUUCUUGCAAAUUAUCGUUUGUUCCGUCUGUUGUUCUCGUAUUUGCAAUAAUCGAAACCCAGAUACCCGUUGAUUUUGUCGCGAUUUGGUUUGUUGGGCCUCGGAAAUCGAUCUCCUUGGGAAAGAUUGCAGCUUCUCGUUGUUUAGUUGCACGUUUUCUCUUCGUUUGCUGCUGCUCCGGCACCCGGAUGGAAAAUAGGAGAUUCGGGGAGGCUUGAGCUGGUGUGGACGAGGAGGCCGGAGAAGAAAGGGAGAAACGAUGCUAUAUUUGAAGCAGCCGCGGGGGAACCUGGAGAUGCGUCGGCGGACUGCCUAGUAUUGGCAGAUUUUGAUGCCCAACUGAUGCGGCCCGAGCUAGGGGCUCGGGAUCCGGACAGGAUGGCAACGGAGGGUGUGGAGGAGGGGCGGAUCCACGACGAGUCAGCUGACGCCGGUGGAUACCUUCAAAGUUUUGAGCUCUACGAGACUCAAUCAAAAUUUUACAUGAUUGGAAGGAGCAAGGCCAAGAACUUCUCGCGAGUGUUAAAAAUUGAUAGGUCAGAACCCUCAGAACUUAAUAUAGAUGAGGACUCUACCACAUACUCAGAAGAUGAAUGUAAAGAACUGCUGAAUCGGAUACAUGAGGGAAACAAGUCCACCGGUGGACUAAAGUUUGUAACAAAUUGUUAUGGCAUUGUUGGAUUUGUUAAAUUUUUGGGGCCUUACUAUAUGCUGCUUAUCACUGAGAGAAGGGAGAUUGGAGCUAUUUUUGGCCACACAAUUUAUGCUGUUGCAAAGAGUGAAAUUAUCACACUUCCAAAUUCUACUGUCCAGUCUAAUAUGACAGUUUCCAGGGACGAGUACAGGUACAGGAAGCUCUUUCGUACAGUAGAUCUUACGAAAGAUUUCUUUUUUAGCUAUUCGUACCAUAUCAUGCAAAGCUUACAGAAGAAUAUAUGCGAGAGUCAUACAGGGCAAAUGAUAUAUGAAACUAUGUUUAUUUGGAAUGAGUUUUUGACUCGUGAGAUUCAUAAUCGUGUCAAAAGUACUCUAUGGACAGUUGAUUUGGUGUAUGGUUUUUUUAAGCAGGUGAAACUCGCAAUUUCUGGAGAAGAUGUUUGGUUGACUCUCAUUGCUAGGCGCUCACGACACUAUGCUGGGACUAGAUACCUUAAGAGAGGUUUGAAUUUCGAUGGGCAUGUUGCAAAUGACGUUGAGACAGAACAAAUUAUCUUUAAAGACAUUCCUGGAGAAAUGCCAAAGUGUGUUACUUCUGUAGUUCAGAAUAGGGGUUCAAUACCUCUUUUUUGGUCUCAAGAAACCUCAAAACUUAAUCUGAAGCCCGAUAUAAUAUUAAAAAAAGAAAGGGAUUAUCACGCUACUCGGCUUCAUUUUGAGAAUCUCAGCAAAAGAUAUGGAAAUCCUAUUAUCAUAUUGAACUUGAUAAAGUCAGUGGAGAAGAAACCUCGGGAAUCUAUUUUACGUUCAGAAUUUGCUGAUGCAAUUGAGUUUAUCAACAAAAAUAUUCCAGAAGAACGUAGUUUAAAAUACUUGCAUUGGGAUCUUCAUAAGCAUUCUCGAAGCAAAGCUAAAAAUGUGCUUACAUUAUUGGGAAAAGUAGCAGUAGGGACCUUAAAGUUGACAGGAUUCUUUUAUUGUGAAAUGAUACCAAGUUUGAGGAAUGAAGGUGAUGUAAGGUGGCCCAACUUUGUGAUGGAUGAUGGUAAUGAUCAUUCAUGUAAUAAUCAUUCUACUAGUAAUAGCAGUAACACCACUGACACAGAUGAAGUUGAUAUGAUAGAAGAUGGAUCCCGAGAAGAUAAUUCUGAUACAUCAGGAUAUGAGAUAGCAAAGAUUGAGGAUCACAGUGUUGGACAUUGCUUGGUAAAAUCACUCAGGUGUCAGCAAGGUGUCCUGAGAACAAACUGCAUUGAUUGUUUAGAUCGUACAAAUGUUGCUCAAUAUGCCUAUGGUUUAGCUGCACUAGGGCACCAACUUCAUGCUUUAAAUUUAGCCCAUCUUCCAAGCAUUCAUCUUGAUGCCGCCUUGGCUGAUGAUUUGAUGACUUAUUAUGAGACAAUGGGGGACACACUUUCUCUGCAAUAUGGCGGUUCUGCUGCUCACAAUAAGAUUUUCUCUGAAAGAAGAGGUCAAUGGAAAGCAGCAACCCAGUCCCAAGAGUUCUUUAGAACACUCCAAAGAUAUUACAGUAAUGCAUAUAUGGAUGUUGAAAAGCAAGCUGCAAUAGACCUAUUUCUGGGACACUUCCAACCUCAACUGGACAAACCAGCCAUUUGGGAUUUUAAUUCCUUUCAGCAUUGUGUUGGGAAGAUGGGUCGUGCCUUUACUGAUGAAAAUUCAAGGUCAUUUAUCAAAAGAUCUAUAUCAGAUGGGAAUAUACUCCAUGAAAGUUAUGACCCUCUAUCAAGAUCUAGUUUUAUUCACAAAGAUCUCUCAUACUCGGCGCCAUCUGGAACAUUACAUACACAGUUUGCGAAGCGCAUGUCCGAUUCAAAUUUAACGUCAGAAAUUUCAAAAUGCGACACUAAUGUUGCAGAGUUGAGGAAAACUCCCACAAUGUCUGAAGACCAGCUGUUUGAAGAUAGCAUAACUACUUAUGCGUAUAAAGAUUGGCAUUCAAAUUUUCUGAACCUUGAUUCUCUUUUAUCAAGUAGUACUGCUGGGGAGGAAGAAAUAAAUCACAGGGCCUUGAUAAUUAAUGUGAAAGCUAAUGAGGAAACCCCAGUUCCCAUAAAUAAUGGGUUUGUCAUAAAGGGAGGCAACCUAAUCAAAAUACCACAGCCUUAUGACAACCUCCAAACAGCUAAUAUUCAGCGAACUUCUGACAAGUUUGAGGAUUGGGUUAAGCAUGGAGAGACUUUAUGCCAUUGAACCAAUGGACUAGUAUUCCAUUUCAGUUGGCAAAAAAGAUUUCCCAAUGGCCCAGAUGACGGCAAGAAGAUAUUGCAUUUGGAAUAAGUUUGCAAAUUCCUUGAACGACAGUGUGAGAUUGGGGCUAAUAAACAAUUGAUGUAGUGCAACUAUGCUGAUAGUUUGAAGUAUAUACAUAUACUUUGUUUGAGAGGCCAAGUCUGUCAUAUGAUGGCCAGUCACUGUCAGUGUAAAUAUCAGUAUAGUACCCCUUGGUCUGAUGAGCUUCACACUACAGCAACCUUUUUUUUGUUUUUUCAGUUUCAGUUUUGGUUGUUUAUGAUCUGUAAAUACAUGUAAAAUGGCAUAACUUUCCUUUAUUUUUUAAAAAAUUAUUUUCAAGGUUUCAA